CUUUUGACUUCCAAUGGUUGUUUUCAUUACCCAAAGUCAAACCUCAAUUUGUAUAGAAUUUUUUGGAUUGUGCUCUGUAUAUAAUGCUUUAAAAUCACUGCAUCUCCAUUCAGAUUCUUCUCAGCACAUCAUUCCAAUUAAUUGGCUGUUAAUUCUCUGAAGUCCUCACCCUCUCACAGUUGACUUUUCUUUAGAAGUACUUUUUUUGUUGGAGCUGAAAACUAGAGUAACUAUGGCAGCACACAAGCUUAUUGUAGCAUCACUUCUUCUAUGCUGUUUAGCCGAAACUUGUUAUGGAAAGGUUCUCUUUACUUCCUUGAAAAGAACCCUUGAUGUCACCGCUUCCCCCAAGCUGGGACAAGUUCUACUAGCCGGCGAAGACAAAAUCAGUGGGACAUGGGUUCUAAACAAGACCUUCCCAGCAGGGACAGACUCUUCCUACAAAACCAUAAAGCUAAAGUUAUGCUACGCGCCAAUAAGCCAACGAGACCGCGCGUGGAGAAAGACAGAAAACGAACUAUCUCGUGACAAAACUUGCCCGCACAAAAUGCUAGCCAUGCACUACGAUGCUUCCAACAAAACCGUUCACACCUUCGAGUGGUUGAUUAAGAAAGACGUGCCUCAAGCCACGUACUUCAUACGCGCCUACGCAGUUGACUCUAAUGAUGUUCAAGUGGCUUAUGGCCAAACCACGAAUACCAAUAAGAGCACUAACUUGUUUCAGAUCAAUGCAAUUAGUGGACGCCACAUCACACUUGAUAUUUGCUCCAUUUGUUUUAGUGCUUUCUCGGUUUUGUCCCUGCUUGUGUUCUUCUAUAUUGAAAAGAGAAAGGGAAAGACACAAAAGUAGUGAUUCAAUUUGAGUGACAUAAGAAACUUUAUAGUAGAUUGUCUUUUUAAUGCUUUUAUUUCAGAAUCAUGAAUAAAAUCUCAAGGGACAUGUUUUUCCCCUCUCAAAGCAAAUUUCGCAUCAUGUAAAACAUGCUCUCCGCUAAAAUUUAUAAUAUGCACAAAGUGGAUUGAUAUUUGAAUGAUAAAAUAAUUCAAUA